AUGGGAACAUGGAAUUCAAAAUCCCAAUCCCAACAAUUCAGUCCUGUGCUGCACGAUGUUGUUGAUGGUGGUGAUGGUGCACAAGUGGUGAAUUGUGGAUUAUCAUAUUCAUCGCAUACAACAGUAGCUCCAUGGGAACAUGUGGAAGAACAUGACGUUGUCCAUCCAGGGAAUUCAAAAUCCCAAUCCCAACAAUUCAGUCCUGUGCUGCACGAUGUUGUUGAUGGUGGUGAUGGUGCACAAGUGGUGAAUUGUGGAUUAUCAUAUUCAUCGCAUACAACAGUAGCUCCAUGGGAACAUGUGGAAGAACAUGACGUUGUCCAUCCAGGGAAUUCAAAAUCCCAAUCCCAACAAUUCAGUCCUGUGCUGCACGAUGUUGUUGAUGGUGGUGAUGGUGCACAAGUGGUGAAUUGUGGAUUAUCAUAUUCAUCGCAUACAACAGUUGCUCCAUGGGAACAUGUGGAAGAACAUGACGUUGUCCAUCCAGGGAAUUCAAAAUCCCAAUCCCAACAAUUCAGUCCUGUGCUGCACGAUGUUGUUGAUGGUGGUGAUGGUGCACAAGUGGUGAAUUGUGGAUUAUCAUAUUCAUCGCAUACAACAGUAGCUCCAUGGGAACAUGUGGAAGAACAUGACGUUGUCCAUCCAGGGAAUUCAAAAUCCCAAUCCCAACAAUUCAGUCCUGUGCUGCACGAUGUUGUUGAUGGUGGUGAUGGUGCACAAGUGGUGAAUUGUGGAUUAUCAUAUUCAUCGCAUACAACAGUAGCUCCAUGGGAACAUGUGGAAGAACAUGACGUUGUCCAUCCAGGGAAUUCAAAAUCCCAAUCCCAACAAUUCAGUCCUGUGCUGCACGAUGUUGUUGAUGGUGGUGAUGGUGCACAAGUGGUGAAUUGUGGAUUAUCAUAUUCAUCGCAUACAACAGUAGCUCCAUGGGAACAUGUGGAAGAACAUGACGUUGUCCAUCCAGGGAAUUCAAAAUCCCAAUCCCAACAAUUCAGUCCUGUGCUGCACGAUGUUGUUGAUGGUGGUGAUGGUGCACAAGUGGUGAAUUGUGGAUUAUCAUAUUCAUCGCAUACAACAGUUGCUCCAUGGGAACAUGUGGAAGAACAUGUAGUAGUCCAAGUGCUUGCCGCGAAAUUAUAUGUGUUGAUCACAUUUCCAGUGUCACAUGAAGGAGGUGUGGGUGCUGGUGAAGUCGUUAAGCCAGUUUCCACAGGAAUUUCUAAUUCUAAUUCCAGUAUAGAUGGCGCGAUUGUUGAAUCGGAAUUUAGUGCAAAACCUAUAAUAGAAUCAGAAUCGCCAUAUAAGUCUGUCAUAGUAGUUGUUGAAUUUGAAUUUUGA